GUAAUGUAAAGAAUUAUUAGUGUUAGCUUAUAUUCUAAUUACAUAUGUUUAUAUUCAUAUCCAUGCAAUGGAAAACAUACAAAUAAAUAAUACGCACGAACAAUUGAACACAAAAUGAUGAGUGUUAAUAGUGAAUGUGUGAUGUUUAGGAAAUAUAAACCGAAUCAAACAGCAAACUAAAGUGAUUCCGAUUAUCUAGUUGAAGCAAGUGUGUAAUUAUUAUUGAUGUGUAAUACAGAAAAAUAUUUUCUGCUCAAUUAUAAUGAGUUUGGUUUUAAUAAAUGCAAUUUUUAAUUUAUGAUAUAAACUCAUACUGAAACUGUAGAAAAAUGUCGUCGUCACCGUGUCAAAAAGGCGGGAUGCGCCUGAGCGAAGCAUUGGAUAAUAUGCAACUAGCAUACAAUCCAAUUACAAAACAGUUGCAUUUCGUGAGUCCAAAAGUGGAGAAACCGCCAGAAGACACCACAGACGAUGUAGAUAAGCUAUCAAAAAAGAGUAGUUUCAGUGAUGAAGGCAACUUCUCUAUGUCAACUUGUGAAAAAAGUGAUACAAGUGAUUCACCAAAAAGUACAUUACAGUGGGGUGGCAGCGUGAGUGGCCACCAGCGCGGGAAAGACGGUGGAUCAUUUUCGAGCACUGUGUCCAGUCUAUCAGAGUGUUCCCUCGGUUCUAAUGCAUCAAAAGAGGAUGACACAGCAGAUAAUACUACCGCUGCCACAGACCAGUCGAAGUUGAAGAAAAAGGGGUUCUCUGGAUUCUUUAGCAGAGGCGUGUUCCCAUGGAAGAGUAGCUCUAAGAGUCAAGAGACAACAUCACCCACCGUCUCCUGGCGGCUGUUCAGCAGCAAGUCCUCACAGAACCUCGCGGCGAAGACGUUGACUUCCGAAGUGCAGAAGUCAUUGACUCCUGUAUCAUCAGCAGCCAGUACACCGCACCACCACAAGAGGCAGGGCAGUUCUGCCAGCGAGAAGCAGUUUGAAGAUUUAGUUGCUAGUUCUAUAGCGCUAAUACAACAUGACAGACCAUCAAACCUACCAGCAAAGUGUACGGAGGAAGCUCUUCGACAUAAGGCGGAGCAUGCACGGAUGGUGGAAGCGGCCAGACGUCGAGUGGAACGGGAAGCGGCCGCGAGGCACGCGCGACUCCAGGAGUCGCUGAGGGUCGAGGAGAGACUGGCGAGGCACGCCAAGGAGUGGACGCAGAACGUACUCCCUGAUUGGCAGAAUAUGAAGAAUAAUAAACGGACCCUCGAGUUAUGGUGGAGCGGGCUUCCGCCAUCGAUACGCGGGAAAGUGUGGCAACUGGCCAUCGAGAAUAAACUGAAGAUCACCCACCAUAUGUACCAAGAGUACGUCACGAAAGCAAAGCAGAAACUCCACGAGGCGCAGUUACGCAGAAAGAGGUUAAAAGUCCACCAACAAACGUGUCAAUGUGACGAAACUGUCCCGACAUGUGACGUCAUUAAAGACGAGAAAAAGGCCAAAACAGACGAUAGAACAGAAGAUAAACCUCGAUUGAGUAUACCGAGGAAUUUAAGCGAGCAAAACCUAAAAUCGCACAGUACUGAUCCGGGACCAAAGAAGUGUUGUUCGAAAUCAAACCCUAACCUACUAGACUAUAGUGACGAGUGUUCAAUGGAGCUGAUACAGUUGGACAUAGCUAGGACGUUUCCACACUUGUGCAUUUUCCAACCGGGCGGGCCGUAUUUCGACGUGUUACAUGAAUUAUUAGCGGCGUACGUGUGUUACAGGCCUGAUAUAGGAUACAUACAGGGUAUGUCAUUCAUCGCUGCGGUGCUGAUUCUGAACAUGGAGGCUCCGCAAGCGUUCGUCUGCUUCGCGAAUCUACUGGACGGGCCCGUGCUGCGGGCGGCGUUCACACGCGACGGGAACACCAUGCAGCGGUUGUGGCAGGCGUACGGGCUGGUGGCCCGCAGGUCGGUGCCCGCGCUGGAGGGGCUGCUGGCGCGGCUGGCCCCGGAGCUGUACCUGCUGGAGUGGCUGUACACCGCGUUCGCGAAGGCGAUGCCCCUCGACGCCGCGUGUCGAAUCUGGGACCUUUUUCUGCGCGACGGUGGCACUUUCCUGUUCGCAGCCGCUGUUGGUAUACUCCACCUUUAUCAAGACGAACUGAAAGAUAUGGACUUCAUCACCGCCGCUCAAUUCCUCACCAAACUACCUGAAGAUCUGGACACGGAGGCGCUGUUCAGGAGUAUCUCCACGGUGUCACUCUCCGUGGACGGUAUGACCUUCGAAGAGCUGGUCUCCUGCUGUGAGCUGGACACGCUGGAUGAAGACGUGACCGUGAGGUUAUGAUACCCAGCGAGGAGGUGGAGCGACUUCGGCUUUUGGGAAGUUGUCGACGCGCUGUCGUUCAGGGUACGAUUAUAGUCAUCAUCAUCAUCAUUGUCUAGCCUUUAUCCCAUUAUUUGGGGUCGGCGCAGUGUGUCCUCUUCUUCCACUGAUGCCAAUCAGCCUUCAUAUCUUACACUCCUUUUAUACAUAUCAUCUUUCACACAAUCCAUCCAUCCAUUUUUUUUUACCUUCAUCUCCCUAUACAUCCAUCCACGUUCAUAUUAAACACUAUACGAUUGUAGUAACGUGUUUGUAGUAACUAUAACCUACAAAUCCAUAGACAGAAACGGACAAAACACUCCCAAAUGUUUAAAUUAUUGGAGUGUUUUGUUUUUUGUCCCUUUCUUAUAUAGUUUGGAAGAAUAGGACAAAACAGAUUGUAAUAAUAGAUUUAUCAGUCACUUUUAUGAAUAAGGGGGUUUCUCUUUAGUGAGGAAGUUUACAGGUAUAAAAAUCUUGCCACGUGGCAAGUCAACCAGUCGAUAUUGGCAUGUUAUAUCGAUUUACUCGUAUCGGCAGCGAGGUGUCCAUAUAUCUGUCAUUCAAAUUCUUAUACAUAAUGAGUAAAUUCGAUCAGGAGUUAUAAAUUAAUUUUAAAUAAAUUAUUAUUUAAAAUUAAUAACAUACGUUCUUGUUCUAUCCUUACUAUAAUUAUUAACUAGUUCUCGGGAUAACUUCCUGAUAAAUAGCCUAUAUAUGCUUCUCAAUUUCAAAUACUACCUGUAUGCCAAAAUUCAUAUUAAUUAGUUCAGCCGUUGCAUCGAGAAGAUGUGUUGUUAUUAUCCUUUACAAAUGAAAAAGACUCGAAUUUGUAUUAAAAUGUAAUAAUUACUUCAUUUUCGUGUUGUAUGUUGUGAUAAAUAUACAUAAUAUGGUUGUUAUAAAGAAAUUCAUAUAUAGAUCUUUUGGAUGAUAUAUUUAGUAUUAUUAUUAUUCUGUUAGCUUUAGCUGCCAAUAUACAUAGACUCUACAUUUGUUGAACAUGUUUUGCGAUAUUGCAAGCUUAUUAACGUUUGAAUAGGAAUCUCAGUUUGCGAAUUAUACAUUUUGAUGAACGUAUACAUUGAUUGAUAGCUAUGGGGCCCCCAGGUCCCAUUACGAACAAUCUAUUCAUUUCCGUUAUUAUUGAUGUUCCAAUUGGUGUAAGAGAAAU